AUGGACGAAGCCCAACGUGGCGCAAAGGCUCUUUCUGCUUCCAACUUCCCAGCCGCGAUUGAGCACUACACUCGUGCCCUCGCUAUUAACCCGCAUGCCACAGAUUACUACAUCAAACGGUCAACAGCCUAUUCGCGCCUGCGCCCAGCUGACGGGGGUCCCAACGGCCAAGCAGCUCUUCACGAUGCCGAAAUGGCCGUUGCACUCGGUUUGAAGCGUGCAAGACGGGAACAGAUACUGUCCAGCCAAAUGCGUCGGGCUAUCGUGCUCUACCACUUAGAGAGAUAUGGGGAUGCAGAUUUCCUGUUUAAACUCGUGAGGGAUAAGGUUGGCCCUGCUGUUCAGAAUACUGUAAAGUCUGCGAUGACGAAUAACAAUGGCAGUACUGCUGCUGCGAAGGCGAAUCGGGAGCUGGAUAUUUGGGAGAUGAAGGUGGCGAAGUGGGUAAAAACAUUGGGAAAGGAUGACGAGAGGAUGCAGGUCACUGUUAAGGAAUACCCUGAUAUCAAGGUACCAGAGGCAGCAGAGUUGAAGGAGAUUUUUCGUAAACAAUUAGCUGCGGUUGAUGUGGGUGAGGAAAAGGGGUCUGUGGACAAAGGGAAGGAUGCGUCCAGGCAAGAAAAUGGGCAACCACCCGCGGAACAAGAGCAGUCUGAUUCACCGCCAACAGUUGCCCCACAAGCUCCUCUCACGAACAAGGUGCGGCAUGAGUGGUACCAGACAGCAGAUACGGUGGUUAUAACAUUGUACGCGAAGGGUGUUCCUAAAGAGAAGGCGGAUAUUGAUAUCCAGGAAGACUCGCUCUCUAUAACUUUCCCCUUGGCCUCCGGAUCGGACUUCUCCUUCAACCUUGAACCACUAUUCGCACCUGUUGACUCCUCUGUCUCCAAAACGUCUGUGAUGUCAACAAAAAUUGAAGUUGUUCUCCGCAAGAAGCAGUCAAGUCUAAAAUGGGCAGCACUAGAGGGCACACACCGACAAGCAAAUCCCACGGGAGCAAAUAAUGCCGCCCCUCCAAUAACACCAACCUCUAUACUGUCAUCACAGCCCAGCACGUUACUACCUACGGAGGGUGUGCCAUCAUAUCCUACUUCAUCCCGCACUGGUCUUAAAGAUUGGGAUAAAGUGGCAUCCUCCCUAACUAAGAAGAAAGAAAAAAAGAAGAGUUCUUCUAAAGGCAAAGAGAUCGAAGCUGCUGGUUCUGAAGACGACAAUGAUGACGAAGGCCUCCAAUCCGAUGACUCAGACUAUGGCACUGGUGAUCCCGUUGAUGCUUUCUUCAAAAAGCUGUACGCUAACGCAGACCCUGAUACGCGCCGGGCUAUGGUGAAGAGCUAUUAUGAGAGCGAGGGAACGGCAUUGAGCACGAAUUGGAGUGAGGUGUCAAAGGGAAAGGUGGAGCCCAAGCCUCCAUCGGACGAUUGA